CCUCCACGGAUUUCCUAUUGUUUGGGGACGACGAGACGUUAGGGCGCUACCAUGACAUUUUCUGUGCGAUUCUUUACAGUUACUCUGCUGUUGGGUGCACUCGUGUUCGAUGGCAUUUGUAGAGCAGGAGAGACUUUCACCAAAAACCAGCUAAAGGCGGCCGUGAACGAGUGCAACGACACGUACUUCUUAUCUCAGAAAAGCUGGGACAGCGUGUUCACCACUGGCUCUCUUGACGACGAGAAAGAUCUGGUGGCGAAGUGCUUCUUCGAGUGCGUGCUACUGCAGACAGGCGCGAUGGACGACAAGGGAACCAUCAACAGCGACGUGACUAAAGCUGUGUUCCUCGCCAGCCACGACGGCACAGCUGUAGACGGCCACGGUGAGCUGAUCGACAUGUGUGUCCCGGGAAGAGUUGAGACAGAUACUUGCGAGAAGGCGUAUGCACUUGUGAAGUGUGUUACAGUGGAGGAGCUGUCACGACGCCAGGCACGUUAAUCAAGAGAGGUCUCUUGAAUGUCCGUCUGCUGCGAGUGAGUUCUAAUGACAAGAGGAAAACGAUGUAGCAUGAAAUCUCAGAAGUUAAAAACAAUAGCUGAAGUACCAGUCAGUGCAUUUAUUCGUAGCAAUAAAAUGUUGCAUUGAAUCCUG